AUGUCGGAACCUGGCCCAAGUAGACCUGUAACACCUCCUCGCAGGGCUAUACCAGACAUUGACUUGCAGCUUACCCCUGAACAAGUCCGGCACAUAGAACUCAAUCGCUUGAAAGCCAAGGCGAAGCAACGAGAGAAGGAAGCCUCUACGUCGUCUUCGUCUGCUAUCAAUCUGAACAAUAAGAGGCCGCUCGGUGUAACUCCAGCUACAUCUACAUCACCUACGACAUCCAAACAACCUACGAAGCUCAAGCGGGAUUCGCGCUUGGGGAAAUACUUUGACUAUGACCUGUCCAAGAUGACUAACUCAAAGGGAGGGUUCUUGGUUGAGGACAAUAAGGAGGUCGAUGAAGAUCUGAGGGCUAAGGAGAGGGAACGAGAGAGACAGAGGGCGGCACAGAAUGUAGAGCCUCCCAUUUCCUUAGAUCCAAGUCGAAAUCCGAAAUGCAAGGAAUGCAGUUCUAUAGAUAUCGACCAGACAUAUAGGAAGAUGUUUCGCUGCCUCGUCUGCAAUCAGUGCAAAAGCAACAUGCAAGAGAAGUAUGGUCUUCUAACGAAAACGGAAUGUAAAGAGGACUACCUCUUAACUGACUCCGAACUCAGAGACGCAGAAGAAUUACCACAUCUUCUCAAGGCAAAUCCACAUAAAUCGACGUUUGCGAACAUGAUGCUGUUCUGUCGCUUUCAGGUAGAAGAGUUUGCUUGGAAGAAAUGGGGCUCUCCGGAGGCUCUUGACGACGAAUGGGAACGGCGCGCUGUAGAGGCAAAAAAGAAAAAGAAUAAAAAGUUUGAACAAGGUUUGAAGGAGCUAAGGAGACGGACUGGGGAAGGUGUAUGGCAGAAACGGAAAGAUGCAGAGCAUAAGCAUGUGUUCAGUGAGCCUAACCCUGGCAAAGAUGGGAUCGGAACACAGGUUUGUCACGAAUGUGGCUUUACAGUCGAGGUUGAGGAGCUUUGA